CUUACUUCAUUGACUGACUGACAUUGUGGAGUUAUCUUGUUAAUCUUAUAUAACAUUAAGCCUAUUAAAUAAUAUUUCGCUCAUCAAAACUAAUUUAACCCUAUUUUAGCGUAUUUUUAUCAAAUCAAAGUUAAAGAUUGAAUGAAAGAUUGUGAGUUCAAAUUUAACACGUAAUGAACAACAGCCUUUGAGUGUCACCACCUUUACCUUCUUGUUGACAGUUGCUAGUGUUUAUAUAUUUUGUUUACAUUGAUGAAGCUGUUUCUCUUCAUGUUUCGAUUAAAUUUAAGUUACGUUAAUUUGAAUUUUCAUCAUCCAUUGGCAUCAACUAUUUAUUUUACAAAUCUCAAGCUUCGAGAGCAGUCACCCUGAAUUAAUUACCCUGAACCAUUCAGUUCUUCAUUUUGAUACCCUUAUAUUGUGGUUAUUGUCUACAUGUGUUGAAGUGUGUAACCAUCUUUACAUAUAAACCAGAACUAACCAGAAUCUUCUUUAACAUCUUCUUACAUCUUAAACUAGUUGUUAAUUCAUAUUGUUUGUGAUUAUUUAUUGGUUAGUUAUUUAACCAAUUAAUUGUUUGUGCAUCACAUUUAGGCCUGACUUCAGUUUUGUCGUAUGUCUAACCAAUUUAACCUUAUUCAUCAAGGAAUACUUCUGGUAACAAAUACAUAUUUGCUGGUACCUAUAUUUUAGUAACCCUACGCGUUGAUAUAAUAUGCCUCAAGUAGGCAGGAAAAAACCUUUUAGUGCCAAACAAAAGAAACAACAGUUGAAAGCUAAAAGAGAAAAGAAGCGUCGCAAAUCAGACUCAAGUGAAGAUGAUGAGGAGACCUUUGUCAAUCAAGGUGGAGAUGAACACUGUCUCAUUGAAAAUGAACAAUUAACUGCAGAGUCCAUAAUGAAGAUCAAUUAUCAAAAGAAGACAAACCCAUCAUCCAACGCCAACAGAUAUGCUUUGCACUUUUACCGAGAGUCGGAUACAGAAAUUGAAGAGAGAAAAUCUCUCGCUAGAUUGCCCAUUAAAAUGGUUUCUCCUGAUGAAUUAGAGAUUGAAGAGCAAGAUAUUUUUCUUCCCGAUGAUGAACUAGCAUUCCCUAAAAGACCAGUACGCGAUUAUAAUCUGACCAAAGAUGAAUUGGAUACGAUUGAGUAUGAUUACUUCAAAAAAUAUUUGGAAAAACUCGAGGCUCAAUUUGGAUCCCUUUCUAAAUUGAGCUAUUUUGAAAUGAAUUUAGAAACUUGGAGGCAACUGUGGCGUGUUAUCGAGAUGUCAGAUGUUAUUUUAGCUAUUGCUGAUAUAAAACACCCAACUUAUCAUUUCCCGCAUUCUCUUUACAAUUAUGUGGUUCAUGGAUUAAACAAGGAGAUGAUUCUUGUUUUGAAUAAGGUUGAUCUAGUUGAAGCUCCUUUGGUUCUUGCUUGGUUACAUUAUUUUAAAAUGAAAUAUCCUAAACUUCAUGUUAUCCCAUUCGCUUCUUAUGCUGGUAUGAAAGUUAAAGAAAGAGGUAAACACAAAGGUCGCCGUUAUGGUAAAUUCAAGAUGGCCGCUGAGGGUUCAAGAAGACUACUGAAAGUUUUACAAGACAUUGUUGGUGAUAAAGUUGAUCUUACCAGCUGGUCUAAUAAAAUUGAUGACGAACUUAUAAGCGAGGAAAAAAGAAUCUCAGAAUUAGAUUCAGAUGAUGAUGGCGGUGAAGAAGAGCUGAGCGCUCUUCAGAAUGCGACGAAUAUUCAUGUUGACCAUUCAGACUUUCGAUACUAUGAGUGGAAAAAAUAUGAUUCUGGUGUUCUAACAAUAGGUGUCGUUGGCCAUCCAAAUGUGGGUAAAAGUUCUUUGAUGAAUGCAAUUAUUGGCAAAAAAGUCGUCAGUGUUUCUCGAACUCCCGGACACACCAAGCAUUUUCAAACGAUUUAUUUAACUGAUAAUGUUAAACUCUGUGAUUGCCCUGGACUAGUUUUUCCCAGUCGAGCUCCAAAACAAAUGCAAGUUUUAAUGGGUUGCUUUCCCAUUUCCCAAUUACGUGAACCCUAUUCAGUGAUACACUUUUUAGCUGCUAGAGUUAAUGUACCAAAAAUAUUAAGACUGAAGAAAAUCGAUCCAGAAUCAACAAAUCAAGCUUGGUCAGCUUUUGAUAUUUGUGAAUCUUGGGCUGUUCUUCGGGGAUAUCUCACUGCUAAAACUGGCCGACCUGAUGUUUAUCGAGCUGCAAACCAUUUGUUAAGAUUAACUUUGGAUGGACGAACUUUGUGCCUGAUCUUUUAUCCACCCAACUAUUGGAAAGAAUGUGAUAAUUUCAUCAAAGAUCCUGAUGUAAAUCGAAUCAGGUUCAUUCAGUUUGAGUCUACCGGUGAUGUAAAUCAAAAAGGCUCUGAAGGAGGAGACGAGAAAGGGACAACCGAUGAAGAUUCAAGCGAAGAGACAGAAGAUGGCGAAAUUAGAUCAAAUCUUCUACGGACAGCUAACCGAUUCGCUCUUCUUGAUGAUGAAGACUAGAAAAGUUUCAAAGAUAAUAAGCAAAAAAAUCGGAAUCAAUCAAUAAGUUUAUCAAUACUUUCUCCAGCUUAUUUCAUAACAUUGCCACAUUCACAUUGGGGUUCAGCUCGAUCAAGAAAUAGGCAAUCUUGACGUUUAUCUUGUAUUUUUGAAUUUCGGAGCAUUCGAGGCAUGUAAUGAUCGUCUAUUACAAUACAUAUACAAAUAUAUUUCCAAAUACAGAUCUAAAUUGAGUUUAUGAAUACUUUCACUCUCUAUACAAGCAAGUAGACAGAGAAAAAAUACCUUUGAAAUCAUCAAAUCACUUAACUUCUAUGAUUUUAUAUCCCUGUAAAUGAUUGAAAAAUUAUUUUAAAACUCAAUCUUAAAGGUUGUAUAAUCUGUAACAUGAUCUCGCAUAACGUUUUUGCGUCCAUGUAAACAUUGUAACCUUAACAAAGUAUUUUAUUGAUCAUUCAAUUGAUGAAACUUCCAAAUUUUAAAACUGCUAAUCUUCAAUAGGUGAGAAAAGAAUGCAUUAAUUGAUCAUAA